AUGGGUAAGGUGGAGUUUUAUGCCCUGUGGUCUCUGCUGGAAGCCCCCCGCCAGCUCGUCAGUAAGGGGGGGCGGAUGAGUUUCCAGUUGCCCGCUGUCUCGUGGCCGGUUAUGUGGCUGUCCUCUGUCUCGUGGCCGGUGGCCAGUUAUCUGUCUCGUUGUCUCUGCAGUCCACGUCCAGCUCACCGCAGGAGCCGCUCAACCGCAGCAUGUGGGGACCCUGUCUGCCGGCUGCAGGUGAUGAAAGGUUCGGGGUUCAGCAGCAGCACCCCGGCCAGGAGGAGGCUCAGUGAGGGUCCCCCCAGCUCCCCUCUGCUAUCAGAAAGCACCAUCGUUCCCGUGAGACCUUCAGACGUGGCGGCCGAGGACAAGGUUCAGAGUUCAGAGGUCACGCAGCUGUUGCCUGGGGUCAGACUGAAGGACUCCCCGCCACUGAAGGCCCCCGUGGCGCGGCUCCCCGACGGCGAAAGGGGCCGAAGAACGAGCUGGAAACAGGGGAACCCCAGGAGGCUUCGCUUCAGCAAGGAGUCUGAGGAAGGGACACCCGGAUCAGUUUGCCCCUCUGCGCGGUCCGGACACAGCGUUUGCCUCUGCGACCCACACACAGCCAUCCUGAUUGGUGGAGACGGAGCCAAUGAGCAGCCGUGUCAGGACUGGCUCUGGAAAAUGGAAUUAGACAGCGACUUCUGGUUUCCGAUGGACGGUCUCUGCCAGGGCCCGGCCCCCCAGUCCUCCCGUGGCCACUCUGCGACCUUUGACCCUGAGACCAAGAAGCUUUAUGUGUAUGGCGGGAUGCGGGGCGGGCGCCGGUUCAGCAGCGUGUAUGCGCUGGACACGCUGGAGUGGACGUGGACUCCGAUCACCGCCGUGGGGAAGGUGCCCACACUGUGUUACCACAGCGCCACCAUGUACCACCGCGAGCUCUACGUGUUUGGGGGUCUUUGCCCCCAGCCCGGCACCGAAUCCGGCUCCUGCGCCAACUCCCUCUACAUCUUCAACCCCGAAUACAAGAUCUGGUAUCAGCCCAUUGUGGAGGGCGAGCGGCCGCUGGCCAGAUACGGCCACUCGGCGACUCUGCUCCGGAACCGCGUCGUGAUAUUCGGGGGCCGGCGCACCCCGUCUCCGGUCUACCUGAACGACGUGCAUAUACUGGACCUGGGGUACAUGGAGUACACCUCAGUAACGUCUGCAGCCAGUGCAGAGAAGCCCCCCCCUCGCUGUUUUCACGCAGCUAUACCGGUCUCCGAUCACAAGUUACUGAUCCACGGGGGCUUUUCAUCCGGUGGGCCCCUCGCUGACGCCUUUACCUUUAAUUUUGACACCCUCUGUUGGAGCGCGGUGCAGUUCGGAGGGGCCCCUCAGCUCCCCAGGGCCGCUCACGCGUUGCUGAACCUGACCUCUUCCCACCUGACCGACUCCGACAAGGAGAAGCGCAGGGGGCGGAGCUUAUGCACCAUCCUCAUCGUUGGGGGCUCGGACGGCUCCGGAAACUUCUAUAGCGACACCCCCAGAUAUCACCUGGAUCUCAGCACCUGAUUGGCCCAGCUAGGGCUGCGCAUGCCUACUAAUGGUAUUAAAUGUGGCCAUGUCUCCUUGGUACCACGGGUGGGUGAGGAAGGGGGUGACACACAGCGGUGGGGGGCGGUUUAUGUGUUAAUAUUACAGGGCGAUGGCGGCUCUCGCACCGUCUGCCCUAUUUAUAUAAAACCCAGAAUUUCAC